AUGGGGGGCAAGGGCGGAAGCUUCGUUGGCGGCGGCAUUGGAGGCAAGGGGGGCUUGGGUGGCGGCGGCAAGGGCAGGGGAGUUCACGGCGGUUGGGCAGGCACAUGGGCAAGUGGCCCACCUCAGCCUGGUCCCGCCGCGGCGGGGGCUGGGCAGCUGGCGCCGCUGCCAGUGGGGGCCGUGCCCAACUUGUCCAAGGAUGAGGCGUCGGAGUUGGCUCGGCUGUGUCAGAAGGCUGGAGACAAGGCAGGUGCCGCUAAGUAUUCGUCCUUUGCGAAGUCGCUGGCGGCUACUGAGGAGCGUGCGAAGCAGCCAGUCUCGGCGCACCAGGCCGCCCAACAGCAUCACGCUCAUGUUCGGCGGAUUCAGAAACAGCUGGAGGGCGACCUCGCGAGGCUCCUGCGUUUGCAGUCCGAGGUGCAGGAGCAGGGCGAGAAGGUCAAGCGCGUGCGCUGCGAGUUGCAAGAAGCUGACAAGGUGCACAAGGAGGCGGUCCAGAAGCUUGCUGCUGAUUCGAAGGUGGUGCCCAACGUCGAGGCGGCAAAGCUCAAGCUCGAGGAUUUGCUUGCAGGCUCUGUGGACAUCAGCUCCAUCAUCAGCUGCGACAUCCUCGAUGACUUCGGCGAUGACGACGAGCUCGAGCUGUCGGCUGAGGAUCGCGAGGAGAUUCAGAAGCGCACGGCACUCUUGUCGCAGGGCAUUGCGGACAUGGCUAAGACGCUGUUCCAGCAGGCGGUCGACCAGGCCAGGCGCCAGCUGAGGCGCCGCCAGCAGACAUUCGUGCGCGUGCAGAUGCGGCUCUGCAUACCUGUGAGUCAGGUGGCUACUGUCAAUGGGAACUCUUGGGGCACGCUCUACAAGUUUCUGGAGUCUACGUCGGCCCACGUCGUCAUUGGCCAAGAGCAUCGCCUCAGAGCUUCAGACAUCGAUCAGAAGUCGGAAAUCUGCAUGAAG